AUGUCGGAAGCGAACGUUUUGGUAAUAGGCGGAGGUGGUCGGGAACACGCUCUUUGCUGGAAGCUAGCGGAUUCGCCUAAUGUGAAAAAGAUUUACUGCGCUCCAGGCAGUGUCGGUAUUUCGACAACAAAAAAAGUUGAAAGCAUCGAACUCGAUAUUAAAAACUACUCGGCAUUAGCGCAAUGGUGCAAAGAUAACAUAAUAGACCUAGUCGUGAUUGGCCCAGAAGAUCCUCUAGCUAAUGGUAUUGUAGAUGGCUUAGUUUCCUAUGGAAUUCCGUGCUUUGGGCCAAAUAAAGCUGGUGCACAAAUAGAGGCCAACAAGGACUGGGCCAAGAGGUUUAUGAACAAAUAUCAGAUACCGACUGCCAGACAUAAGUCCUUCACUGAUGCUGCAGCUGCCAAAGAGUUCAUUAACAGUGCCACUUACCCGGCUUUGGUAGUGAAGGCUUCCGGGCUAGCGGCCGGCAAGGGUGUGGUUGUCGCUACAUCCAAAGAAGAGGCCUGCAAAGCUGUUGAUGAGAUAUUAACCGACGCCAAGUAUGGUACAGCAGGACAGACCGUUGUCAUUGAAGAGUUGUUGGAGGGCGAUGAAGUUUCGGUUCUAGCGUUCACCGAUGGUGAAACCGUGUCGAUGAUGCCGCCCGCACAGGAUCAUAAACGUAUCGGAGACGGCGACACCGGGCCCAACACCGGGGGCAUGGGCGCCUACUCGCCUUGUCCACUGAUAACACCAGACCAACUCGCUGACGUCAAGGACCAGGUGCUGCAGAGAGCCGUCGACGGACUUAAAGCUGAGGGCAUCAAAUAUGUCGGUGUUCUCUACGCCGGCAUGAUGGUCACCAAAUCAGGCCCCAUGACGCUGGAGUUCAACUGUCGUUUCGGUGACCCUGAAACCCAGGUUCUGAUGACGUUAAUGGACUCUGACCUUUAUAAAGUGAUGAAGGCCUGCGUCAACGGCACCCUGAAACAAAUGCAAGUGCAAUGGAACACCAAGAUGUCUGCCGUGGGGGUGGUCAUCUCUUCCAAGGGCUACCCUGAAACUUCGACCAAGGGAUGCGUGAUUAGCGGAUUGUCCCAAGUGCAAGCGAACCCGGAAAUAGUGGUGUUCCAUAGCGGCGUGGGGCGCGGCGCCAACGGGUCGCUGGUGACGUGGGGGGGGCGCGUGCUGCUGGCGUGCGCGCGGGCCGCCUCGCUGCGCGCCGCCGCCGCCGCCGCCACCGCCGCCGCCUCCAUGAUCGACUUCCCCGGCGCGCACUACCGGAAGGACAUCGCACACCGCGCCUUCACCAAGAUCAACGGCCUCUCGUACCUUCAAAGCGGAGUAGACAUAGACGCGGCCGCGACCCUGGUCCGCCAGAUGGAGCCGCUGGCCACCGCCACGCACCGGCGCGGCGUGCUGGGCAGGCUCGGCUGCUUCAGUGGCCUGUUCCAGCUCUCCGCCAUGGGGGAGAAGUGGGAGGACCCCGUCCUAGUGCAGGGAACCGACGGGGUUGGCACUAAGCUGAAGAUAGCUGAGCUAAUGCAGAAGUACGACACGAUCGGCCAGGACCUGGUGGCCAUGUGCGUCAACGACAUCCUGUGCGCCGGCGCCGAGCCCUUCGCCUUCCUGGACUACAUGGCGUGCGGGCGCCUGCAGCUGGACGUGGCCACCGCCGUGGUCCGGGGCAUCGCCGACGCCUGCAUCGCGUCCGGCUGCGCGCUGCUGGGCGGCGAAACGGCGGAGAUGCCGUCGAUGUACGAGGUGGGCAAGUACGACCUAGCGGGGUUCGCGGUGGGCGUGGUGGACAACCGCAAGCAGCUGCCGCGCGCCGCCGCGCCGCCGGACGUGCUGCUGGCGCUGCCCUCCACCGGCGCGCACAGCAACGGGUACAGCCUCGUGCAGAAGAUCAUGGCGGAGACGGGCCACAAGUAUGAAGAGCCGGCUCCGUUCAGCACUUCGAACAAGAGUUUCGGAGAAGAAUUCCUGGUGCCCACGGGCCUGUACGUCAACGCGCUCCUGCCCUCGAUAAAGAAAGGUCUAGUGAAGGGCCUGGCUCACAUCACCGGCGGCGGCCUACUGGAGAACAUCCCCAGGAUCCUGCCCCCCAACGUGAAGGCCAAGCUGGACGCCACCAAGUUCCGCAUUAAGCCGAUCUUUGGCUGGCUGCAGGCUAAGGGCGUCGUUUCAGACUUUGAGAUGCUUCGAACCUUCAACUGCGGAGUGGGCAUGGUGGUCAUAGCUGACCCUAAACUGGUGGACGAGCUGCUGGCGUCCGUCGAAGACCUACACGUCAUCGGGGUGCUCGAGGAGAUGGGGGCUGAAGGAGGGCACCAAGUGGUCGUGGAGAAGUUCUCGGAGGCCAUGGCCCCUCUGAAAGCUCCGUACCUGUCUGAUCGCGAGCUGCCCAAGAAGUCGCUUUCGUACAAGGACAGCGGGGUCGAUAUCGAAGCUGGAGACUCCUUGGUCUCCAUGAUCAAACCCUUGGCCAGGUCGACGACGCGGUCAGGCGUUAUCGGAGGUCUGGGCGGCUUCGGAGGCUGCUUCCAGCUCAAGGCCGUGGAACAGGAGUUUAAGGAUCCGGUGCUGGUGUUGGCAGCAGACGGGGUGGGCACCAAGCUGAAGAUAGCGCAAGAGAUCAACAAGCACGACAGCAUCGGCUUGGACCUGGUGGCCAUGUGCGUCAACGACAUCGUGUGCAACGGGGGCGCGCCGCUCACCUUCCUGGACUACUUCGCGUGCGGCUCCCUGCAGGUGUCCGUCGCGUCCAGCGUCGUGGCCGGGGUGGCCGCCGGCUGCAGGCAGGCCGGCGCCGCGCUCAUCGGCGGCGAGACGGCGGAGAUGCCCGGCAUGUACGAGCCCGGUGUGUACGACGUGGCGGGCUUCGCGCUGGGCGUUGUGGAGCGCGCCAACAUACUGCCCAAGAUCAACGACAUCAACGUGGGCGAUAUUGUGAUCGGUCUGCCUUCGAACGGUGUACAUAGCAACGGGUUCAGCCUCAUACACAAGCUGAUGAAGAAGGCCGGACUCACGCUCAACGACAAAGCCCCGUUCAGUGCAGAGGGACUCACUCUGGGCGAGGAGCUGAUCAAGCCGACCCGCAUCUACGCGCGCGCGGUGCUGGCGGGCGUGCAGCGCGGGCUGGUGAAGGCGGCGGCGCACGUGACGGGCGGCGGACUGCUGCACAAUCUGCCGCGCGUCAUGCCCGACCACGUGCGCGCGCGCCUCAACGCGCACUGGUGGCACGUGCACCCGGUGUUCGCGUGGAUAGCGGACGCGGGCGCGGUCCAGGACGAGGAGAUGCUGCAGACCUUCAACUGCGGCAUCGGGAUGGUGCUCAUCGUGUCGCCAGAGCACCAGGCCGAUGUGAUGAACAUAAGCCGGUCGUACGGCGCGAUGGUGAUCGGCUCGCUGCAGGCGCGGCCGCCGGGGGGCGCGCGCGUGCUCGUCGACAACUUCGCCUCCGCCGUCGACUUCACGCGCAGGAUGCCGCUCAUGCACAACAAGAAGGUGGCAGUUCUAGUUUCCGGCAAUGGCAGUAACUUGCAGGCGCUCAUCGACACGACCCGCGAGCCCGCGCACUGCAUGUGCGCCGAAAUAACCCUUGUGGUCUCUAACAAGAAGGACGCUUUUGCUUUGCAGCGAGCCGAGAAAGCCGGGAUACCUACGCUGGUGCUGAGCCACCAGCAGUUCGCGUCGCGCGAGGAGUUCGACCGCGCGGUGUCGGGCGCGCUGGAGCAGCACCGCAUCGACAUCGUGUGCCUGGCCGGCUACAUGAGGAUGCUCUCCGCAGAGUUCGUGCACAAGUGGCGCGGGCGGCUGGUGAACAUCCACCCGUCGCUGCUGCCGCGGCACCCCGGCCUGCGCGCGCAGCGGCAGUGCCUGGAGGCCGGGGACGCCGAGUCGGGCUGCACCGUGCACUUCGUCGAUGAGGGCAUGGACACGGGUCCGAUCAUAGUCCAGGAGCGCGUGCCGGUGUUGCGGGACGACACGGAGGAGACCCUCACGCAGCGCAUCCUGGAGGCCGAGCACCGCGCCUACCCGCGCGCGCUGCGCCUGCUCGCCACCGGCCGCGUGCGGCUCACGGCGCAGGGCGUGCUGCUCUGGCACUCGUAACCCGCUGCGGUCCGCGGGCCCGGCAAACACGCAACACCACCAUCGACACUCCUACCAUUGCUGCAGCGGCAUUGCUGCAGUCCAUGGGCGACGGUAACCACUCACCAUCAGGUGGGCCGUAUGCUCGUCUGCCUUUCUACUUCUUCUUGCUUCGGUUUCCUCAAUA